UCUUCUCCCAAUUGUUCUGGAUUCUGAAAAUUCCGAUCACCCCGUCCGUCGGAAAAAAUUUUGCGGGGAGUUCGGAUAAUUCAGAGCGGGACGAUGCCUUAUUGCGAGGUCGGGAGAGAAAACGCCGGCGCCGACGCGGCGCUUAACAAUGCCAUCAAGAUCUUCUACCGAACGUAUGGUCACGGUCCCACCAAAGCCCUUCUCAUCAUAGGAUUGGCCGGGACUCACGAGUCAUGGGAACCGCAAAUCAAGGGCUUGACCGGGACGGUCAAACCCAACGACGACGGAGACGCGGCGUCUGAUCAGAGCUCCGGGGACGCUGACGGGGAGUCCUCCGCCGCCGCCGGCGGAGGCAUCGAGGUCUGCGCAUUUGAUAAUCGUGGUAUGGGUCGGAGUUCUGUACCCACCAAACGAUCAGAGUACACAACAAAGAUAAUGGCAAAGGAUGCAAUAGCCUUGUUGGAUCAUCUGGGGUGGAAAAAAGCACACAUUAUAGGGCAUUCUAUGGGUGCUAUGACAGCUUGCAAGUUGGCUGCAAUGGAGCCGGGGCGGGUUCUUUCUCUGGCUUUGCUUAAUGUUACUGGUGGAGGUUUCGAAUGUUUCCCAAAGCUGGAUCGGAAAAGUUUAUCCAUUGCAAUAAGGUUCCUAAAGGCCAAGACUCCUGAACAGAGGGCAGCUGUUGAUCUGGACACACAUUACUCAGAGGAAUACCUUGAAGAACAUGUCGGAACUAAUACAAGACGGACAAUCUUAUACCAGCAAUACGUAAAAGGUAUAUCAACAACUGGAAUGCAGUCCAAAUAUGGCUUUGAUGGCCAAAUUAAUGCUUGUUGGACACAUAAAGUAAAAAGAACAGAACUGGAGCAGAUCUGCUCGGGUGGAUUUCUCGUGUCAGUUGUUCAUGGAAGACAUGAUGUAAUUGCUCAGAUAUGUCACGCGAGAAGACUGGCGCAGAAGCUAUAUCCCGUUGCUAGAAUGGUGGAUCUUCACGGAGGGCAUCUUGUAAGCCAUGAGAGAACAGAAGAGGUAAAUCGAGCUCUACUUGAGUUGAUCAAGGCAGCAGAAAUGAAAACACACCCAAGUGAUUGGACUAAUCUCCCCAUGGAACCCUCUGGUUAUUUCAGGACAAGAAUUGCGUUUAUUAGAUCCACUGCAAACAGAGAGACUGCUACCUCUCUGGCAUACACUGUGGUGGAAAAGUUUCAUCUUUGUCUACUUUUCCUCUUCAGCAUGCUGGUAUUGGCUUUUGAGUAUGCGAGAAAGGCUUUCAGGGUCGUGAAACCCGUUAGGGUCGGACCGUCUCUCACGUAAAAGCCUCCAUUUUGACGGGUGGUGGUGGUAGUAGUGGUUGACGUUUCACGCGGACAAGGGCACAGUUCUACAAAGGUGGAACUAGUGAACCUAAUGAAGGAUACCUAUGCUGCUGCAAACAAGUAACUACUUCGAAAUGGAAGAGGGAGAGAGAGAGAGAAACUGUAAUACAUAUACGCAACUUCACACCCAUGAGAAGGAACUGUUCUUGUAACCUUGGAGAAACCUAAAUUCUUCAAGAUUUGAGACUUUUGAGUACUGCAAAGAAGAAAAGCAAUGAUCACGAAAUCCAUAUUAUGCUUUGAA